AUGACAUCUUUAGAUUUUCAUAAACUAUGCCCUCUGGCUUAUUGCCUUGUUUUAUUCGUACAACUUCUUUCACCGCCAAGUUUCUGUGCUUUUGCUUAUGCUGCUACUACUACUGAAGCAGAAGCACUUCUCAAAUGGAAAGCCACCUUUCAAAACCAUACCUGCCUGCAAAAUCUCACCUCAUGGACUUACCUACCCGCUCAUACAAAAGCAGCCCCAUGCUUCUGGACUGGUAUUUCAUGCAAUGCUGUUGGAAGUGUCAGUGUGAUAAACCUUACCAAUUCCGGUAUACAAGGUACGCUACAUGAGUUUUCAUUCUUGUCUUUUCCCAAUCUUCAAUACCUCAAUCUCAGCUACAAUAAUCUCUUUGAUGCCAUUCCCGCUCAGAUCAAUUCCCUCUCCAAACUCAUCUCGCUUGAUCUUUCUAACAAUUGGCUCAGUGGUUCAAUCCCAACAUCUCUCUGUGAUCUCACAAACAUUAAAUUUCUCUAUCUCUACCAAAAUAAUCUUUCUAGCACAAUUCCAAAAGAGAUAGGGAAAUUGAAAUCUCUUGUGGACCUAAGAUUGUCUUUUAACCAGCUCAGCUGUUCAAUCCCAACAUCCCUAGGUGAUCUCACAAACCUUACCACUCUCCAUCUCAAUAAUAAUAAUCUUUCUAGCACAAUUCCUAAAGAGAUAGGGAAAUUGAAAUCUCUUGUGGACCUAGAAUUGUCAGAGAAUCAGCUCAGCGGUUCAAUCCCAACAUCCUUAGGUCAGCUCACAAACCUUACCAUUCUCUAUCUCUAUAGUAAUAAUCUUUCUGGCACAAUUCCUAAAGAGAUAGGGAAAUUGAAAUCUCUUUUGGAGCUAGGUUUGUCUAGGAAUCAGCUCAAUGGUUUAAUCCCAACAUCCCUCGGUGAUCUAACAAACCUUACUAGUCUCUAUUUCCAUCGUAAUAAUCUUUUUGGCACAAUUCCAAAAGAGAUAAGGAAAUUGAAAUCUCUUGUGCACCUAAGAUUGUCUUAUAACCAGCUCAACGGUUCAAUCCCAACAUCCCUAGGUCAGCUCACAAUCCUUACCACUCUCUAUCUCAACAAUAAUAAUCUUUCUAGCACAAUUCCUAAAGAGAUAGGGAAAUUGAAAUCUCUUGUGGACCUAGAAUUGUCAGAGAAUCAGCUCAAUGGUUUAAUCCCAACAUCCCUUGGUGAUCUCACAAACCUUACCAUUCUCUAUCUCCACCAUAAUAAUCUUUCUGGCACAAUUCCAAAAGAGAUAGGGAAAUUGAAAUCUCUUGUGGACUUAAGAUUGUCAUUUAACCAGCUCAGCUGUUCAAUCCCAACAUCCCUAGGUGAUCUCACAAACCUUACCACUCUCUAUCUCAAUAAUAAUAAUCUUUCUGGCACAAUUCCAAAAGAGAUGGGGAAAUUGAAAUUUCUUGUGGACCUAGAAUUGUCUGAGAAUCAGCUUAGCGGUUCAAUCCCAACAUCCCUAGGUCAGCUCACAAACCUUACCACUCUCUGUCUCUAUAGUAAUAAUCUUUCUGGCACAAUUCAUAAAGAGAUAGGGAAAUUGAAAUCUCUUUUGGAUCUAGAAUUGUCUAGGAAUCAGCUUAAUGGUUUGAUCCCAACAUCCCUCGGUGAUCUCACAAACCUUACCAUUCUCUAUCUCCACCAUAAUAGUCUUUCUGGCACAAUUCCAAAAGAGAUGGGGAAAUUGAAAUUUCUUGUGGACCUAGACUUGUCUCAUAACCAGCUCAACGGUUCAAUCCCAACAUCAUUCGGUGAUUUCACAAACCUCACCUCUCUCUAUCUCAAUAAUAAUAAUCUUUCUAGCACAAUUCCUAAUGAGAUAGGGAAAUUAAGAUCUCUUGUGAACCUACAAUUGUCUUAUAACAAGCUCAGUGAUUCAAUUCCCGCUUCAAUAGGUAACCUUGUCAACUUGAAAAUCUUACACAUAACAGAUAACCAACUUUCUGGUUCCAUCCCCUCAGAGAUAAAGAAUUUGAAGAAGUUGACUUUACUACAAUUGCAUAAUAACCAAUUAAUAGGUUGUUUGCCCCAGAAUAUUUGCUGUAGUGGACAACUCGAAAACCUUUCAGUGAGCAAUAACCAUUUGACAGGUCCAAUCCCCAAAAGCUUGAAAACAUGCAAGAGCUUAGUUAGAGUUCAUCUUGAAGGGAACCAAUUCACAGGCAAUAUAUCAAAAGACUUUGGUGUUUAUCCAAAUCUUGAUUUCAUAGAUAUGAGCCACAAUAAGUUUUAUGGUGAAAUCUCACAAAAAUGGGGACAAUGCGCACAAUUAGAAACCUUACUAAUUAUGGGAAACAACCUUAUUGGUAGCAUACCUCCUGAGAUUGUCAAUGCUCAUAAAAUCCAUAGACUUGACCUUUCUUCAAAUCACUUAGUUGGGGCCAUUCCAAAGGGAUUCGGGAGAAUGACAUUGCAAAAGUUGAUGCUAAAUGGAAAUCAACUUUCAGGUUGUAUACCUUCAGAAUUUGGAUUACUAGUUGAUCUUGAAUACCUCGACUUGUCAUCAAACAAAUUCAAUGGGUCAAUUACAAGCACUUUAGGCAACUUUCUCAAACUGUACCAUUUGAAUUUGAGCAACAAUCAUUUUUCCCAUGGAAUUCCAUUGAAGUUGGAAAAGUUAGUUAUGUUGAACGAACUUGAUUUGAGUCACAACUCACUUGAAGGUAGCAUACCGCCAGAAAUCAGCAAUAUGGAGAGUUUGGAGACACUCAAUCUUUCUCACAACAAUCUUUCGGGUUUCAUACCACCAAGCUUUGAAGGCAUGCACGGCUUGUCGUACGUGGAUGUAUCUUACAAUGAAUUGGAAGGCCCCAUUCCCAACAACAGUGCAUUUCGACAAGCUCUGUACUUACAAGGGAACAAAGGAUUGUGCGGCAACGUUGAAGGUUUGCAACCUUGCACACAUGGCCUAAGAAAGGACUGCAAAUGGUGGAAAGAAAGGAGAAGCAUCCAGAUAAAGCAGAAAAACACUUGCAUGAAGAAAUAUCGUUUUCAGUUUUAA